AUGGGCACCAAAGGUGUUGAAAUGUCCAUCUGGAAUAGUCUCAGCAGAUGCGAAAAACGUAAUGACAUGGCCAGCUUUCCAUCUGGGUCAAAACCCGAAGCUUUUGAUUACGAAAAGCAGGACUCUAAAAAACCGAAAGCACACAAGGGCGUCACACAUCGAAAUGCGUUUAUAGUAAUAAUGCUACUAUUAGUCAGUUUAUGGCUUCACUUCAAUUCCGAUAAGUCUAUGCACAAAAUUUGCGGUCACAAAAUAACUAAAUUCCUUAAUGCUUACUCCUCGCCAUCCCAGGUUCAAGAAUCGUUCGAGAUAACCGUGGAACAAUUACCGGAAGAACCCCCCGUUUUCUCACAACAGCUUCUACAGCACUCGUUUGGCGACUCAUGGGGCAAACCAUUCACGACCAGCUUUAGUCCAUACACUGAAAAGGACUACGAUAGCAUAGUCCUGGAACUCACCACCAAUGUUUCUGGACGACAAUACGACCGCUUGCUUCACGUCUUCAUAGGCGACGUCAACGUAUGGAGGUCAUCGACCGUAAGGCCCUGGGGCAACAAAACCAUCGUCAGCCAUUCCAUCAAGGAUAUUUCGCCUUACAAAUCGCUAUUCCAAGACGAAAAGCUAAACGUAACUCUUCAGUUGGACAAUUUAGUUACCAAUAAACUACCUGGAACCUUCAAUGUUACCUUGAACUUAUAUUAUUAUGCGAAAAAGGAUCAGGGCGUUUCACGGAAUACAGACACGCUACGUGGAAAGCUUCUUGAGAUUUUCACUGCGCCCGCAAACCUUAUUACGCCGUUGGUCACCCGUUUCUCCAGAACCCCUCUCUUCUACUACCCAUUAGCUUCGAAAGAGAAUCCGCGCUGGUCUCGCGGUCUUCCCGAAAUAGAUAGCAAUCCUAACAUUUCCAGAGCUGUGGUCGAGAUUUUCGCAUCUGGCAACGCAGCGGAGGAAGCAUGGUAUACUAACGUUUUGGAUAAGUACAUCACAAAAUUCCGCGGGUCUGGACACGAGCUAUUAGGUCAUGGUCCUUUCCGCGCCAUCAAUGUUUUCUUGACCAAUUCGGAAAGCGAAAUACUCAUUGAUACUGUGAUACCCACUCCUGUUAUCUUUCCGGGCUUCCUCCCACCAUUAUGGCAACCUUGUGUGGGAAUGAAUGCUUUCAAUAUGAAAAGUUUUAAGGUAGAACUAACUCCAUUCCUUUCUCUUUUUGAAACUGGUACAUGGGAACUACAAUUAGAGGUAGUAAGCAGCUUGUCCUCGAGCUUUAAAGACACGGUUGGCGAAAAUUGGAUAAUUUCGGGCAACAUACAUGUUUGGACAGGAAAUGAACAUAUAAAUGGUUCGAAGUUCCUUAACGCUACGGCUUUGAAACCUUCUUUCGAGACCAGUGUGAACGAUAACUUUUCUGAUGAGUUAAGGCAGAUGGUCUUUGCCAAAAAUGGAGUCCUCAUUAGUAGUAUGAUCACCAUAGGCAAUACCGAUUAUGAAAUGCGCGGACUAACGGAAAGCUCAUUAAUGAGCAAUCAAACAUACCUAAACGGAGCUGAUGACGAGCGGGCUGUUGUGGAUCUGUUCACAAAGCGCUCAAUCGUAAUAUCUAAGGACGGGAAAGACCUUUUCCAGCUUUCAGAUGAAACAGGUUGGAUUUUCGAUGCCGAAGUUGACAUCAUAUCGCAGAAGAAGUCCUCCUUGACGUAUUCGGGAACGGUGAGUAGAGAUUUGACACGUUACGUUGGGCUACACGAGAUCGGACAAGAUGGCUCCACUGACGUGCUGCUAUUUCUACAUGGUAGUCAAUCAGGAAAUGCUACAUACCUGUCGUCUCCCGAUAAGACUGAGGGCUCUGGGGAUAGUCUCCACUCCGUUCAGUUCAAGCACGGUUGGCCAUUUGAAAAUAGUUUCAAUCGCACAGUGGCUGUAAAGAACAAUGUAGUGGUAAGUGAUGUCAUAAACUAG